UGGCAUCGAUGAACAAUGUUCUACGUAAUAGGAUUUUUAAAGAUAGUCGCUGUGAUAUUUCUAAGCAAUGUAGAUUGCUUUAAACAUCACCAUCUGGACUUGGAAGGAUAUAUUUCUCAAUCGCAGGGGAUCGGUAAGAAUGAAUUUAAAAGGAUUCUACAACCGGUGAACCAUUUCGAUGCGCAAGACACGAGAACUUGGAACAUGAUGUAUAUUCAAAAUCUAGAAUUUUGGAAGCCAAAUGGACCGAUAUAUAUAAACAUUGGUGGUCCUUUUCCGUACAUAGUUCAAACCUCCAUUUUCAAGAAGGGAUUCUUUCUCUACGACCUCGUGAACGAAACCAAUGGGGCUUUGUUCGGUAUAGAACACAGGUAUUACGGGAAUAAUACACCAUUGGACCUUACAAAGACAGAGAACCUAAAAUAUUUAAAUUCGCAACAAGCUCUUGCUGAUGUAGCAAAAUUAAUCAAAUACGUCAAGUCCAUGUCGAAUGCUGAAAAUUCAAAAGUCGUUGUGGUUGGUGGAACUAUGGUAGGAAAUGCAGGGAAUUUGGCUACAUGGAUGAGGCUGUUCUAUAGCGACUUAGUAGACGCAGCAGUCUCAGUUAGUGGACCCGUUCUAGCCAAGGCAGACUUUAAAGAUUUCUAUGAAAUUGUUGGGGAAAAUUUUUUGAAAUACGGCACUCCGGGUUGUUACGACAAAAUAGCCAAACUGUUUAAUAAAUUUCAAACUCUACUUAGUACUCCGGAAGGUAUAAAACAGCUUAAAAAAGAAGAUGAGAUAUGUGAUUUUGUCGAUAUGUCCAAGAAAGAAAAUCAACAAGUAUUUUUCGACAAUUAUUUAGGUUUUUUCAGACUAUUUUCUGAUGUUGCUGAUGAUGGUGAUUAUUUAAAAUUAACAUGCGAGAAAAAUUUCAAUGAUACCAGCUUUAAGUCUAAAUUACUCCAGUCGAAACGUGAUUAUAUUGUACAGGAUGGACAAGACUCGUGUAAUAAUUAUGAUUUUGAUUCCAAGUUCAACAGACCAAUAAAAAAUCCUUGGUUGUAUCAAAUGUGUACAGAAUUCGGAUCUUUCCCGAGCACAGAAGAAGGUAAGCAUCCUUUUACCAAUUGUCUAUCAGUGGAAUACUACUACAAGGCAUGUGAAGUACAAUUUGGGCCCGAAUUUGGUAAAAAGAGAGUCGAAGACGGGGUUAAGACUACAAACGAAAUGUAUGGAGCCCUACAUCCAAACGUAACAAAAGUGGUCUUUGUGAAUAGCGAAUUCGACCCUUACCGGAAACUUGGUGUCGUAGAAAACUUAUCAGAUGAUGCGCCUGCGUUUGUCAUUGCAAAUACUGGCCGUGCUACACUGCUCACAUACCCGGAUACAGAAAUAAAAUCCGUAGAGCUAAAAGAGACUAAGAAGAAAGUAAAGUCAUUGAUAAAAAAGUGGAUUGGUUUGUGAACAAUUUGUACAAAUGUUUAUACUCACGGAAGAAUACAAACAAUGAAAAUGCCU